AUGCCUGAUCUUGAGGCGUCCACGCCCAGAUUAGCGAUCGCCGACAGAAUUGACCUGCUUCUUCCUGCAUAUAUUCGCAGCCUCGAGUUCCCGGCGCUUGAGAGAGUUGGCCGUAUAGGCUUUGACGGAAACCUAUCAACGGUGUCACUCGAAGCACUGCGGACAGUCAGCCGCACCUUCAGGAUCUCAAACUCGUCAAACACCCUAUGGCCGCCGGCAGCGGAGACCACGAUGAGCAUAUCCCUCCCACUCCUCGAGUCCACGUCCAUUGUCAGUUUCAAAGGAAACAUGUCCAGCCUAUCACUCCCCGAGCUCACCACCAUUAAGACGUACAAGAUCAUCUUGAUUCAGUUUCAAACUUUGAACAAAAUGGCCCUGGAAUAUUGA